CUCUAAACACAAAACACAAAACACACUUUGCCAUGUCCUUGUUCUUCCACAAAGUUUGUUCACCGCUGGCCCAAAUCUUCUUUACUUUCCUUUGCACAUGCUUCCAAUACCCACAGUAUCCAUCACUGUACCCUAAUUACCGGAUCUCCAACACUGAGGUGCUAUCUGACCAAGUCCACUCAGUCAGUCAACAGGGUCUCCAGGGCAGGAGUGAGGAUUAAAAAGAAAAAGACAAUUAGACAACAUUGCAGCAUGAUUCCAGCCAGUUCUGAGGCUGAGGCAGAUUAAUUUUUUUCCAAUCUGCUUUUAUACCAUUUAAUUACAUGCAGGUAUUAAGGGCGAGUAGUACAAUGAGGAACAAGCAAGACAAUAAACACAAAGUCCCAUGAUCACUCUAGUGAUCACUGUUUCUAAGGAUGAUCAAGAUGUCUGAGCCUACUUCCCUGUCCCAGCCUAAAAUCAUAGUCAUGCCUGAAGCCUGCUUCUUUGUUCACCCUAAAAUCAAAUUCCUGUCUGAACUUACUUCUUUGUCAUGCCCUAAUGUCAGACUGCUGCCAAUUGACAGCCCAAAAGGGUCUCCACACAGUGAUAUGGAAAAGGGCACUCAAAGCAUUUGCUCCCACAGUGACCCAAAGUGGAUGUUGAGUCUGCUGGCUUGUGGCUGUUUAAAACAAGCAAGGCAAAUACUUUUUAAGCCACACAAAUGGCUUCUCUCUGUACACAAGACACCGUGUGUCUGUUUAUUUUGGGCACAUUGUGUCUUUGAAUCAGAGGAGGUCUUUUCGGUUUUUGUGGUGGCCACCUCAGAUUCCCCACCACUAUGGAAACAAGGCAGCAGAGCAUCAACAGAGUCUGUGAGAUGCUGAAGUGAUGACCUCAUAGUCAUCUCCCAUAAUCACCAGCAAAGAAAGGACAAGGGCGUGGUGGCAUGUGAAGGAUCAACACACUGAAGAGGAAUUUCUCCACCAGAAGAGGCUUCACCCCAAUAACCAUGUGAGGAAAUUCAGAGCUGUAAACUUGAAUAAUUGACCAUCUUGCUUUCUGAAGUUAUAUGGAAAUUCUUCAAAAUCUCAACCCUGCAUCUCGGUGGGGCAAGGCUGUUUGAAGAAACAUGGUGAACUAUUACAAAAUACUAGGGGUGCCACAGAACGCGUCCUCCUCGGAUAUCAAGAGGGCUUUCCAUCAGCUGGCUCUGCAGGUACACCCAGACAAGAACCCAGGAGACAAGGAAGCAGCUGAGGAGAAAUUCAAACAAGUAGCAGAAGCCUAUAACAUCUUAUCCGAUGCCAAGAAGCGAAAGGACUAUGACAGGUCCCGAUGGAACCGAACCAAAGUGGAAAUCAGAGGUGAUGACCGUGACAAAGGGGAGAUUAUCAGAGGUGACAAAGGGGAGAUCAUCAGAGAUGACGACGGCAGAGACGAAACGGAUUGGGAAGAAGAAAUUUGCUCUCGGAGGCCACGCCGCACCUUUCAGAAGGUCGUUGAAGAUGAAGACCUUUUUUCAGGAGACUCUUUGUUCACUGGUCCCAUGACUCGGUCCAGAAGAACCUCUUCACCCUUCUUCACUGUCACCCCCAUCAUGGACACAGGAUUUUCUACUUUUGUGUCCGAAGGAUCCAGAUUGAAUCCUGAUGACCCUGAAACAUUUGUACCAUAUGUAAGCCAAGGAAUGGGAAAGUUCAGACUGGUCACCACUUGUAGCAAGAUAGUGAAUGGUAAGAGAGUUGUCACAAAGAGAGUUGUAGAGAACAUUCGCGGACCAAAGAAAAUAGAGAACGAACGGCUAUUUCGUCAGAAUCCUUCACGUGGUUGGUAAGGAACUGCCGUUGUCUUCUUCACCAGUAAUUGCAAAUGAGAUUUUUGUGUCUUGAUGCCUGUCGGAAAUUGUAGGAAUCGGAGGGGGAAAUGGCAUGGACUGGGG